AUGUCGUCCCCAAUUAUAGGUAUUGCCUUCGGUAACACUUCAUCUUCUAUUGCUUAUGUGAACCCAAAGAAUGAUGUUGACGUCAUUGCCAACCCAGAUGGUGAACGUGCUAUUCCUUCUGUUCUAUCUUACGUCGGCGACGAUGAGUACCAUGGUGGUCAAGCUUUGCAGCAAUUAAUCAGAAACCCAACCAACACAAUUAUAAACUUCCGUGAUUUUAUCGGUCUGCCAUUCUCCGAGUGUGAUGUUUCCAGAUGCGCUGCUGGUGCCCCGGCCGUUGAAAUUGACGGCAAAGUUGGUUUCGUGAUCGCUAGAGGUGACGGAAAGCAAGAAAGGUUGAUCGUCGAUGAAGUUGUUUCGAGACACUUGAACAAGUUGAAGCUAGCUGCUGAGGACUACAUUGGACAAACCAUUACCCAGGCAGUCUUGAGUGUUCCAACCAACUUCACUGAUGCGCAAAAGGAUGCCCUUCGUGCAGCUGCCAAGGCUGUCGACCUAGAGGUUGUCCAAUUGAUCAACGAACCAUCUUCUGCCCUUUUGGCCCACACAGAUGCCUUCCCAUUUGAAGCAGAUGUCAACGUUGUUGUUGCUGAUUUCGGUGGUGUCAGAUCUGAUGCCGCAGUCAUCGCCAUUCGCAACGGUAUCUUCACUCUAUUAUCCACCGCUCACGACAAUGCGCUUGGUGGUGAUAAUCUUGACGCCGAAUUGAUCGAGUACUUUGCUAAGGACUUUGAAAAGAAGAACAAAUGCAACCCACGUAAAAAUGCCAGAUCGUUGGCUAAGCUAAGAGCCAGUGUUGAAAUCACAAAGAAAACACUAUCCAAUGUUACUUCUGCCACUAUUUCCAUCGACUCAUUAGCUGAUGGCUUCGAUUAUCACUCCUCGAUUAACAGAUUGAGAUACGAGCUCGUUACCAACAAGGUGGUUAGCAAGUUCUGCUCAUUCAUCGAGGCUGUUAUUGCUAAGGCCGAGCUUGAUCCAUUGGACAUCAACGCUGUGAUUCUUUGUGGUGGUGUGUCAUUCACCCCUAAGUUGACCAACAGCUUGGAGUUCCUAUUCCCAGAAUCUGUUGAGAUCUUAGGCCCACAAACCAAGAAUGCUAGCAAUAAUCCAAAUGAACUUCUAGCUUGUGGUUCUGCUCUACAAGCUCAACUUUUGUCCAACUAUGAUGCGGACGAGUUGGCUCAAGCUUUGGAACCUAUUGUUAUCAACACCCAGCACUUGAAGAAAGCUAUUGGCCUUGUCGAUGCCUCUGAUAACUUCGUUCCAGUUCUUUUGCCAGAAACUUCGUACCCAGUUAAGAAGACUUUGACUUUGAAGGGGGCUAAGGGUGAUUUGUUGGUUGGUGUCUACGAAGGUGACCACCAUAUCAAGGAAACCGUUGUUGAACCUGCUCCAAAGGAGGAAAACAACGAAGAGGAUGACGAGAGUGACUGGUCUGAUGAAGACGAUGAGCCUGAGGUUGUCAGAGAAAAGCAUUAUACUUUGGGCACAAAACUAAUGGAAUUGGGUGUAAAGGGCACGCAAGGCGUGGAGAUUUCUUUCAACAUCAACAAGGACGGCUUGUUGCGAGUUGCCGCAAGAGACCUGAAGUCUGGCGCAGUUGUUAAAGGUGAGAUCUAA